GCCGGACUCUUUUGUUGGAGGACACUUCCGCCUCCUAGCAAGACAGAUGCUGAACGAAGAAAGAACAGCUACGGUGCAUCAUUCCUGUGUUAAUAUUUACCUGCUUUUCAGGCUGGCGAAGGUUAACAAUGCUGUGCUAAUGACGCCAUUGAAGCUAACUUAGCAACCGGACCUUACAGAGCUAUGCUAAAAACAUUAGCUCUCCACCUACGCCAGCCAGCCCUCAUCUGCUCAUCAACACCCAUGCUCACCUGCGUUCCAGCGAUCGACGGAAGGACGAAGGACUUCACCCGAUGCGUUUGGCGGCCCGGAGACGUAGGAAGUCAAGACAUCCUUGAAGAACAUCCUCCUGAGCAGCACAAGUGGACCUCAAGGAUGGAGCAGGAAGAGGAGGAGCUGCAGUACACCCACAUUAAAGGGGAAGAGCAGGAUCCAAAGCAACCCCACAUUAAAGAGGAGGAGCCACAUACUUCUUACAAUAUGGAGGAGGAGUCACAGACCCCUGACAUUAAGGAAGAAAAUGAGUCACAGCUUUCCCUUCCACCACAGAGGAAGAGGAGUCAUACAUUUGCUCACAUUAAAGAGGAAGAGGAGGAACACGGCAUCAGUCAGGAGGGAGAGCAUAUUGAAGGAAUGGAGGAGGUUGAUGUCACCAAGAUGCCAUUGACUGGUGUGAUUGUGAAGAGUGAAGAUGAUGAGGUCAAAGGUGAAAGUGAGGAGAAGAAAGAGGCGGAGUCUCCAAGCAGCAGCUCAACUCAACACAUGACAACAGAAGCUGAUGGAGACCACUGUGGAGGAUCACAAGCAGACAAGCUCUUAGCUCCACUAUCAGAUAGUGACGACACAACGUCACACUUUCCUGACACUGAUGAUGAAGACUCUAAAGAUGAUAAGACAUGUCACACUGACAACACACGCUUUAAAUGUUCUCACUGUGACAAAACUUUUAAUCACAGAGGUAGUUUGAAAAGACACAUGAGAAUACACACUGGAGAAAAACCGUUUUCCUGCUCAAAAUGUGGUAAAGGUUUUGGCCAAAAAAAUGUGCUGAAAGAACACAUGAAGAUACACACAGGAGAAAAACCUUUUUCCUGCUCAGUAUGUGGUAAAUGUUUUGUACAGAGUCACAAUUUGAAAGUACACAUGAGAAUACACACUGGAGAAAAACCUUUUUCCUGUUCAGUCUGCGGUAAGGAGUAUGUACAAAGACAGAAUUUAAAAGAACACAUGAGAAUCCACACUGGAGAGGAACCUUUUUUGUGCUCAGUGUGUGGUAAAGGUUCGGCACGAAAAAGUAGUUUGAAACAACACAUGAGAAUACACACUGGAGAAAAGCCUUUUUCCUGCUCAGUAUGUGGUAGAGUUUUUGGCCAAAAAAAUGUGCUAAAUGAACACAUGAAAAUACACAGUGGAGAAAAACCUUUUUCUUGUUCGACCUGCGGUAAAUAUUUUGUACGAAGGCAUUAUUUAAAAAUACACAUGAGAACACACACCGGAGAAAAACCUUUUUCCUGCUCAGUAUGCGCUAGAGGUUUUGCACAAAAAAUUGCAUUGAAAGAACACAUGAAUACACACACCGGAGAAAAACCUUUUUCUUGUUCAACCUGUGGUAAAGGUUUUAUACAAAGUCAGUAUUUGAAAGCACACAUGAGAACACACACAGGAGAGAAAGUGUUUAGUUGCAGUGUGUGUGAUGAAAGAUUCUCUUAUGAGUACCAGUGUAAGAAACACACGUGUGCUGGUGAGAACAGCAGCAGCAAAUAAACUGUCAAACUUUAACUUUUUGAAAUUUUUAACAUCAGCACAUAACAUGUGUGUCAUCAUUUGUGUGUGUGUGUGUGUGUGUGUGUGUGUGUGUGUGUGUGUGUGUGUGUGUGUGUGUGUGUGUGUGUGUGUGUGUGUAACACAAACUUGUUAAUAUGCUUGUUCCAUUCAUAUUUCAGAUGAUUGAUUAUGUUCAGCUAAAAGUACAACAUUGUGUACUUUUCUUUUAAAAUGAACAGAACAAAUCGAAACAGAGUAAAUAGCACAAAACAAAUAUGGGUAUAUAUAUAUAUUCAUAAUUCACUUUUAUAAUUAUUCAUAAUAGUGUUCUUAAAUGUAUGGUGUGUGUUCUAUUUUUCAUUUCUAACUGUAAAUGAACUCCUUUACAUGGUAUACAUAUUUGUUUUACAUUUGUUCAUACCUUUGCUUUUGAGUACAUAUAAAUCCCUCUUAGUUCAUUUUUACUGGUUCACAUCUGAAACAUCUUCUGGGCCACGUCAUUUGAGUAGUUGUGUUUUAUACAAGAUAAUUUACUUUUAAUGUGUGUGGCUUUAUGAAUCAUUUGUUAGGUUUAGAUAAUCGAUUAUAUUAUCUUUAUUACUCUCUUUUGCAAUAUGAAUAUUGUUUUGUGAAUGUUUUAUAUAUAUAUGU